UACCAAACAGAAGGAGGAAUAGAAGGUAAGCUAGUGGUUUGGUUGGAAGAAGAUACUCAACUGGACCACUGCGAUUAAAUCUGAAAUCAUCUGAUUUUACACUUUGUUUACGUGAAUUUAUUUUUUCUAGAUCACUUCGAGAUACGUUGAGCAUCAUAACUUGUUUUAGAUUUGUCAGUAGAGGACAACGGCAGACGAAAAAAGUGCGUAUUUCUCUCAACUCCGGAAUCGCUGCUACCUUUCGAACUUGCUACCGCUAGCUAGCAUUAGCAGAAUAACCUCGGGCCCAGGCCGGCGGCUUUCUCCGAUAACAAGACAUUUGAAGUUCCCAGUCUCAUAUUUUUUGGCCUUUUUUUGGAGAGAGAUGGCUUGUGGAGCUACUCUGAAAAGGACUCUGGACUUUGAUCCGAUAAUGAACACGGCAUCCCCUAAAAGACGGAGGUGCGCCCCGAUCAUGUCUCCGGUCUCUUCACCACAGAAGUAUCUGCGUAUGGAGCCCUCGCCUUUCGGGGAAGUGUCGUCCCGGCUCACCCCUGAGCAAAUUCUACACAACAUCAAACAGGAGUACAAGCGGCUGCAGAAACGCCGGCACCUGGACAGUGCUUUCCAGCAGGCGGAGGGCUGCUGUCCUCUGGACCUUCAGAACAUCUCUGGUGGAUCCGCUCUACCAGGUACAUCCUCAGGUGCCUCGUCUCCCGUCAGGAAAGAACAGCCUUUGUUUUCCAUCAGGCAGGUGGGCAUGAUCUGUGAACGACUACUGAAGGAGCGAGAGGACAAAAUCCGCGAGGAGUACGAUGAGAUACUGACGACAAAGCUCGCAGAGCAAUACGAUGCGUUCGUCAAGUUCACACAUGACCAACUGAUGCGAAGGUUCGGGGAGCAACCUGCAAGCUAUGUUUCAUGAGUGUCGGCGUCUGCUUUUUGAGGAUUACCAUUUGCUGCAAGCUUCUCCAGGGACUCGGUGGGCCUAGUUGGACUUUUUCUCCUAGCUGUGCCAUAUCGCCUCUAUGUGGACUGUGUGCCUCAGGCAUCAGUUAGUGGCAUCAACGUUUUGCUGUUGCUCCCAGAGUUCGGAGAGGGCUUCCCCGCUGCCGACACGUCGGAGGACUUUCUGUGGCUCUACCUGUGGCCUCUUAAACUGCCGUGUUCAUAUUUAUUUGGCUUUGUUCUGAUGCCUUCAUAAAAGGCUGACUGCCUCCACAUCACCCGGCCUUUUGAUUUUACUCUAUUUUGUUAUACCGAGUUGUUUCACAGAGAGGAUGUUAGCGGCGCAGCUUUUCUAUGUGUUGUUCUUGAAAAAAAAGGGAUUGGACGACGACGAGUGGACAAAGGCAGCUUUCAGACUGGACUCCAGGAACAGUUGUCUUGGCUUUUUUUUUUUUUCUCCUUAUUGUUUCAGAAUUGUUUAAACUGUGCUGGUGAUUACUGCUAUUACAUUUGUAUACACUGUAUUUUUUAAAAACAUUUCUUUUGCUUGACUUCUGUUCAUUGUAUCAAAUUUUAAUGGUUUUAUUCGCUGUAGAUAUAUAGGGGCUCUGUUUCAAGAAAAGCAAAUGAAUAAAGUCUUUACAAAAAAAAUGUU